AUGGCACAUUCAUCAGAGAAGCCCCCCGGCACACAGGGGAAGUCUCACUCGGCUGCACGCAACAUUGUACGCAAGAAGGAGCAGCGACGGCGGCGAGGAAUCCGAUCUUCCUCACCGAUGGGCCGCGUCAUUCUUAUCAACUCACCAGUGGAUGGUGGUGAUGACAGCGAGGACCUCCACACUAUCACGGUGGACAAAAGCCAGGAUGGCAAGCUAGGGUUCAGUGUGCGUGGCGGCUCCGAGCACGGACUGAGCAUCUUCGUCAGCAAGGUGGAAGAUGACAGCACGGCAGAGGAGGCCGGCUUGCUAGUGGGCGACAAGCUUGUGGAGGUAAACGGCGUCAGCCUGGAGAGCAUCACCAUGAGCAGCGCCGUCAAGGUUCUGACGGGAAACAACAGGCUGAGAAUGGUAGUGAGGCGCGUGGGCAAGGUGCCCGGGAUCCGCUAUUCUAAGGAAAAGACCACCUGGGUGGAUUUGAUCCACAGGCGCAUGGUGGUGGAGGAAAGUGGGCGUACGCCCUCAGACGCUAGCGCAGGAAGCGCCCUUCGCAGGAUCGUCCACCUGUACACAACAUCCGACGACUACUGUCUGGGCUUCAACAUUCGGGGCGGGAAGGAGUUUGGUUUAGGCAUUUACGUAUCCAAGUUGGACCCCGGCGGCCUGGCCGAGCAGAACGGGAUCAAGAUGGGUGACCAGAUCCUGGCCGCCAACGGCAUCAGCUUCGAGGACAUAAGCCACAGUAACGCUGUGGAGGUGCUAAAGAGCCACACACAUGUCAUGCUCACUAUCAAGGAGGCUGGUCGCUACCCUGCUUACAAGGAGAUGGUAGCAGAGUACAGAUGGCUCAACAAGUUGGCCAACGGGGGUCAGAAAUCUUCCUCGCUGACCUCCGAGUCCAAUUCAUCAGCGUCUUCACUGUCCUCAGAGACACCAGUCAGUUCUCUUAGUGGCUUGUCUCAGGUCAUGUUCCCGCCUAUUCUGCCGUUUGGUUGUGACAUGGUGGAUGUUUGCAUCUCCACUGAGGACCAAAGGUACGAGUCCGACCGUAGCGAGGCCGCCAUCCAGACUGACACCACCCGCAGCCGAGGAGCCACCACGCUGCUGCGUGACACGGCCAUCGGCCGGCUGGAGGACGAGGAUGAGGGCGUUCCCAAGAGGGAAUCUCGCAAGACAGCGGUGCUUCUGGCCCUCAGCAGACCAAGUCGACCCAUCAGUCGCUCGCAGAGCCAAGUCACCAUAGCAGAGAUCACCCAGAAGAAGGCCAAAAAGCAGAAAGGAGAGAAAAACUCGGGAGAGAAGAGUGCGCUUCAGCGCUCCAAGACUUUGGUCAACUUGCUUUUUGGUGGCGUGCGCAAGAGGGGGGCCUCCAGGGGGCGCUCCAAGUCACUAUCUACUGACAAAGGUUUGAACCUUGGCUGCGGUCCGACUGUUGCGGCAUUUCCGGAGGACACCCUGCGAGCAGUGGAGGAGUUGGCGCAGCGCCUGUUGACAGAGGAGGAGACGGAAGCAGUGAUGAAGGCAUGUCGGACGUAUGUAGAAGAAAGGAGUGUAGAGACGUUAAUACGCCACCUGCUGGCCGUGCUGGACAGGCCUGAAAAACUACUGCUGCUCAGGGAGGUCAGAAUGCUACUUCCUGCCGCCCACCUUCAAGAAUUCAACAGCACUGUAGAAGCAGUAGAGGUAGAGGCAUACGACAUCCUCAAGUACCGCUCAGUCCGAACACCACCUCUCCGCUCUCCCGCAUCAGGCCGAGCGCCUAAACGUCGCCUCAUCACACCCAUACCAGAUUUGCGAGGAGGCUUCGAGUUGCACAGUGCCACCUUGGUGGAAAAGCAGAGUCACCUGGUGGACAAACUGGAGAAGCUCAGUCUAUCUGGGCCGCGGGCUUCUAGACAGAGGCGGCGCCGACCCGCUGCCCAAUUUACGCCACUGCUCGACAUUCCGGUGGACGGGUAUCCAUUCACAGAGGAGCACAAACACUCACCUGCAAUUGUCCCCGAGCCUAACUGGCUGCUUGCUACCGAACCGGACGUCAGUAGCGAAGGCUCUGCGCACUUUGAAAACAUCUCACUUUCGGGACGUCUGAAUGGCCGUCAGUCUCCGCUACAGUAUGAACUUCAAACAGUCAACAUCUCUAAAACAAAACAGUCGCUAGGUAUCAGCAUAUCCGGUGGGAUAGAGUCCAAAAUCCAGCCAGUGGUGAAGGUGGAGAAGAUCUUCCCAGGAGGAGCCGCUUCUACCUGCGACGUGCUCAAGGCCGGCUUCGAGGUGGUGAGCGUUGAUGGUGCGUCGCUGCAAGGCGUCACACACCAGCAGGCCGUCGACCUUAUCCGGAAAGCCUUCAGCGACAAGGCCAAAGACCCCAUGGUGCUGGUGGUCAAAGUGCCCUGCAAACCUCCAAAGCAAUCUAGUGGUCAAUGA